UAUCAUCACAGGACACAGUCUGGGUUCUGAAGCUUCUGGGCUCUUCAGUCUCAGCUUCUGGAAAGCCUCUCCUCAGCCAAGACCAUGAAGCUCUGCGUGACUGUCCUCUCUCUCCUCGUGCUAGUGGCUGCCUUCUGCUCUCCGGCCCUCUCAGCACCAAUGGGCUCCGACCCUCCUACUGCCUGCUGCUUCUCCUACACUCUGCGGAAGCUUCCUCGCAGCUUUGUGGUUGAUUACUAUGACACCAGCGGCCUCUGUGCCAAGCCAGCUGUGGUAUUCCAGACCAAAAGGGGCAGGGAAGUCUGUGCCAACCCCAGUGAGCCCUGGGUCCAGGAGUACAUGGAUGACCUGGAACUGAACUGAGCCACUCCAGGCCUGAGAGCAGCAAGUCUGCAGGGAAGGACAUCUGAGCCCUGACACUUCUCAUUGAAACACAUCUUAUCCAUGCCCAAGACUCCUCUCAGCAUUUCCUGUUCCUUCUCUUAAUUUAAUCGUUACUAUGUGUUGUGUUAUUGUAUUUGGUGAUGUUGCUAUUAUUUAUGUUUGUUUUGCUGAGGGACAUAUGUCCCCCAUGGGGAUGGUCCACCACUGUUUCUCUACUAUUGCAGAGAAUACAUGGGUGAUGUAGUUUGAUUUCAUAAUAAAACUUUUUUUAAAAAAUGUA